AUGGCCGCGCAGCUAAAAACCCCACCAACGCUCUCGAGCAAGCAGGCCUCCGGCGUGGCGUGCAGUUCGUCGCAACUGGCAGCGCGUAUGCCCAGGAACACGCCCCGCGCCCCGCGACCAUCGGGCUGGUGCUAUCAGCCAGCCCACUCUCCCUGCUCGCGUCGAGAAGAUUUGGAGCGGGCGGAAGACGACCCUUCUGUGGACGUCAUCCUCGAAUCCGUGAAUCUGGACUGCCUGACCAACACCCCUGCAACCAGCAUCUGGUCGUACCGCCAAUUCUAUGGCCCUGAUGCAGAGAAGCAUGCUAGCCCGAGAUGGCACAUCGGCGACAACAAGCCCUUCGGAUUCUCCUGGUUCAGGUUGGAGCUAUCCCCCAUGCCCAAGGCCUGGGUCGAACGUACUGGGGAUAACUUGCUGUUUUAUAGGCAGCAUGACCAGGGUGGUCAUUUUGCUGCCCUCGAGUUGCCCAAGCUGCUGUGGGCUGAUGUCGAGGAGUUUUUGAAGUUGGAUGCUGUGAGAGCUCGCUUUCGCGUUUGA